AUGGCCUUGAAACUAGGACGCAGUUUGGAGUCCCCUGAAACUCUGGGCGCCGGAGGCUGGACCAGAAUCGAAUUCCCUCCUCUUGCAGCAAAGGGAGCCGCCACCGUAUGGUGUAUCUUUAGGGCGGGUUCCAGAAAGCUGACUCUGAUCUGGAUUACAUUCAGUAUAGGCUGGAAUAUGAAAUCAAGACUAAUCAUCCUGAUUCAGCAGGAGAGAUGGAAGUCUGUUUUGCCCACGCUGCUCUCAGGCUCCUAGGCUCCAGUGAUCCUCUCGACUUAACCUCCUGAGUGUCUGGGAGUAUAGACACACACUACUGCCCCUAGCUGACUCUGCUUAUAGCCAUAAAAUCACAACUAUAAGUAUCCAUGCCCAUGGAAUAAAAGGAAAUGAUGCCUAAAAGUAUUAAUAUCUUUGACAGUUCUUGCCAGCAAACAAGACAUAUAUAUACUUUGGUCCUGGAAAUCAAACUCAGGAACUAGUGCUUGCCAGGCAGACACUGCACUGCUG